CUAGGCAGACAUCACUAUGCUUUCAAUCAGGUGUCGAUUCCUGAUCUUGGCUCCGCGAGAUUAACCCUGGUAGGUUGAGAUGGCAUGGCUGUACGCUCGUCGUUUCCUGCAACUAUAAUUAUCCGAUGAUUGGAUACUCGCGUCGAAUACUCCGCUAUGAUGGGUAAUCCUUUCUCAACCGGCCAUAUCUUGUCUCCUACAACAAUAGAGAUCGAUCUCCAUAAACUUGUAGCGCCCGUAGACUAUUGUUUCCAACAUUACACUGACUCACCGACCAUUUGCGGCUGACUAAGCCAAGACUUCUAUACAUCUAAAUCUUUACAAAAAACUUCGUGUGUGCCAUCAGCAACGACGAGAAGACGACACGCCUGUACUAUGGUCGAUUCAACCAUGUUCACGGUAAGGCCUUCGCCUCCUACGACAUCUCUAGAUGGUGCAUUUCGCGUGCAUCUCACAGCGAAAGACCUUGAUCUCCUAGGCUUGAAGCUGGGCGAACUUUGUACUCUGCAUUCAAGCGACGGUCCUUCUGCGGUGGGCAUUGCUUGGAGAUCAUUGGAUACAAGUGUGAAGCCACAGCUUCAUCCUGUUAAGCUAUCUGAGGCUAUACGCGACGCCUUUGGAUUCAAGCUUGGAAGUCAGAUCACUAUCGAAAAAAUCAACGCAAAAAUCGCCCAUGCGGAUCGGGUUGUUGUAAUUGAUGUCUCGGAUAACGACAAGAUUGAUCUUACUAAGGACGACAAAAGCUGGAAAUGGCGUUGUGGAAUGGCUCUCGGCAAUGUUGAGGCGAUCACGACCGGGGUUGCGUUCGAGGCCUCUUCUCGCAAGGGUCUGAGGAAGCGCUUCCUUAUUGAGCAUAUCGAAUCAAGCGAAACCAACAAAACGCCGGCUUUGUAUCUGUUUGAUGAUAGGAGUCAGAUCGUACUUCAAGAUGAGGAUUCAGCUGUAACUCCCGAAGCACCUCUGCCACGCUCGAUUGCCGUGACAGCUGAGGGCAUUGGUGGUUUGAACAAGCAGAUCGAGUUGCUAAACAAGCGUCUGUCGCGUCUGAUUGGUGACAUCAGAGGCAAAAGACUACCACCCCAAGUCCAACGAAACGGCGGAAUACUGCUCUAUGGACCAGAAGGAACUGGAAAGACCUUACUACUCAACCACCUCACACAAGCCCCGUGGAAAAAGGUCAUCAGAAUUGACCAAAGUGCGCUCGCUGGGACGUCUAGCAAGAAUCAACUUUCCGUACGAAACCUGUUUGCUGAGGCAGUAGCUCAUCAACCUAGUCUGGUCAUCAUGGAUAAUCUCGAAGCAAUCGCUGGCACGCAGCAACGCGACUCCAUAGGCAAUCUUGCCUCCGCACUGGUCGCUGAACUUGAUAGGCUACGAAACACUACCGUUCUGGUAGUGGCUGCUGCACACAAUCCUAAUGAUAUCGACAAAUCUCUGCGUACGCCUGGACGUCUUCGUUACGAGAUCGAGAUACCCAUACCAGAUAUGAAAGCACGUAUCCAAAUCCUCAAGGUCAUGCAGGGGGAGACGGGUACUGACGAGCUCGCCGAGGUCAUUGGAGAGCGCACCCAUGGUUUUGUCGGACAGGAUCUUGAGGCCUUGUUCAAUAACGCUCUGGAACACGCCCUUGACAGACACCAGGAAACAACUACCAAUUGGCUUCCUAUUCAACGCACAGCCGAUGAUGACGCCUCACAACGAACCUUGGUCAAUAGCAUGCAGAAUUGCAGCAUCGUCGACAGACCGAGGACUGCCGAGACGGACGACACUGAUGAUGGCGAACUUCAAGUGACCAUUGCAGACUACGAAAAGGCAUUGCUAGAAGUCCGCCCUACUGCAAUGCGCGAGAUCUUCCUCGAAACUCCUAAGGUUCUAUGGUCUGAUAUUGGAGGUUCGGGCGAUGUUAAGAAGACUCUAAAUGAGGUUGUCGAGUGGCCCCUCAGGUACGAACAGCACAUGCAAGCCUUGAGCUUGACACCUCAAAAGGGUAUCCUCUUCUAUGGUCCUCCUGGUUGUUCCAAGACUUUGACCGCAAAGGCUGUGGCGACUGAGUCGGGCCUCAAUUUCAUCGCCGUGAAGGGUGCUGAGCUGACGUCUAUGUACGUUGGUGAAUCUGAGCGCUCGGUACGCGAGGUGUUCCGUAAGGCUCGUGCUGCUGCUCCUAGCAUCAUCUUCUUUGACGAAAUUGAUUCUAUUGGCUCAGAGCGCGAUUCGGCAGGCACGAAGGGCUUGAAUGUGCUGACCACCCUGCUCAAUGAAAUGGAUGGUAUUGAGAGCUUGAAAGGCGUCCUUGUGCUUGCUGCCACCAACAAGCCUGAGAUUCUUGAUCCUGCAUUGUUGCGCCCUGGUCGUUUUGACAGUUUGAUCUACAUUGCUCCGCCGUCGCAGAGUGCUCGUAAAGAGAUCUUGCGCAUUCGUACACGCAGCGUACCCCUCGCCGAUGAUGUCAAUAUCGAUGAUAUGGCUGUACGUACGGAGGGCUUUUCAGGCGCAGAAAUCGUCGAGAUUUGCCUCAAUGCGUGCCGCGCAGCUAUGCGAAGAAGGGUGGAAAUUGUUACGACCCAUGAGCCGGUUGACGCUCUCGAGAGCGAGCAGUUGAUGAAAGUAUCAAAGGAUGACUUUGAAAUUGCUUUGUCGACUGCCGUACGCAGGAUUACACCGGAGAUGACUGAAGGUUAUGAGCAGUGGCGCGACGGGCUUACCAAGAAGCUGUAGUGGGCAAGAAAUGUCGGCGCUGAGUGUAUCGUGGCUAGUCAGACAGUAUGCAAACAUCAAUGCUAUGGUUCGCUCUCUUCACUCCCAGCUCUGAUAAGUGAUCGUAUACCAGCUAUCGAAAGACACAGUUCCAAGCUAAGCUGCCGGCCGAUGAGAGCGAGCAAUCACGGGCUCUCUGCUGGUAGUGUCUUGAUCCUGAUCUUCGCUCUACCUCUCGAUAACUCGCCUAUCUCAUAGCUCUUGACG